AUGACAUUAUCUCUGUUCUGGAGGACUUUGUUGCAAACUGUAGAGACUGAUCUUUCUUGUACCAGCCUCAAGGAAUUGUCCACUAUUGUAAGAUAUCCCAAACUACAGCGUUACAUCCACCAUUUGACCAUCACAGGAACCAACACGGAAAACACAAUCCUUGGAGAGGGAUUUCAAUACAAGCGCAGCCCCUCUGGCCAAUUCAUCAACCUACAAGAACAUCCUGCAGCUAAACAGCUUGAGGAUAUCCUCCGUCAACUGUUUAACUGCAAGUCAUUCAAAAUCUCUACUAUGGCCAGGAGCGCGCGCCUGACACCGCGGGAUGAGCUCACGCAUGAAGAAGCAAUCACGAUCUUUCUGGAUAUCAUCACAAGAACUGGUCUUCAUGUCAGAUCGUUCAAUCUACAUUUCUGGGGGAAUCAUGAGGUCGACGGUGAUAGACUAUCCGGUGAAAAUAGUGCAAAUCCCAGAGAACAAAUAACCAAAGCCCAGUAUAUCGCACUCGUGACACAUCUUGAAGAACUAAAACUAAGUCUCCGAGUCCACAAAUUCAGCUUCUUUAGGUCAUCUAUCCAAACUUCAUCACAGGACUUUACAGCUUUACUCCAGAGAUUCAGCCAGAGUUUGAUUGACGUGCUGUGGUCUGGCCUACUUGGAUGGGAUUUUGUCCAGUUCCCUGCGGUCAUGGAGAAUCCCGUUGUGGAUAAAUUCCAGGGUACGAAUAUCGGUUACAAGCUUGUAAUGUAUGAGAAUGCGAACAAGGCUUUUACUGUGGAGUACUCGGGUUCAAAGAUCGAUGUUGCUUUGGAUAUACUUGCGAGAAUGGCGGAUCUGGUUCCUUAUAUUUGA